UAUAGAUUAUUAAAUAGUAGUAAAAAACGUCGACGUUUCUACUUUCUGUUAUUUCGCCUCCUUCCCUCGCGCUUCACUGCUUUUGCAGUCUUGAACACCACAAUUUUCGUAAAUUCUUUCACCAUCUGCAACUUUUCCUCCUUUCCGUUUCCUUCGCCACCCCUACUCCCCGACUUCCCGAGCUUUUUUCCUUGAAGGUACAUGGAAAUUGAUGAGGACAACAGUCCAUCAACAUCUGCCGCAGAACCUUCAGUUUCAGUUUCGGAUGGCGAAACGACAGUUCCUGCAGCUAAUAACACUCCAAUUCAGCCUGUUCAGCCUACUGUGCCGCCAUUUGUCCCACCUGCAGUUGUACCACCUAUUGCUCCGAUUCCUGCAAUUCCUCCACACCCAAUUGUCAACCCAUUGGCACCUCUCCCAGUUCGCCUUCCUGUCCUUAAACCGCCUGUGCCUCAAAAUGGUGGGGUGAAAACUAGUGAUUCAGACUCCGAUCAUGAGGAUGCAGGGCGAGCUACUACUGGUGAAUAUGAGAUCUCGGAAGAGAGCAGACUGGUUAGAGAGCGGCAAGAAAAGGCAAUGCAAGAACUUCUGAUGAAACGACGUGCUGCUGCACUAGCGGUGCCAACAAAUGACAUGGCUGUCCGGACUCGACUUCGCCGGCUUGGUGAACCCAUAACUCUUUUUGGAGAAAGAGAGAUGGAAAGGAGGGAUAGGCUGCGAAUGAUUUUGGCAAAGCUCGAUUCUGAGGGGCAAUUGGAGAAAUUGAUGAAAGCUCACGAGGAGGAAGAGGCUGCAGUUUCUGCUAAGGUGGAGGACAUUGAGGAAGACAUCGAAUAUCCCUUUUAUACUGAGGGUCCAAAAGAGCUUUUGGAUGCUAGAAUUGAUAUUGCAAAGUACUCUGUUGUAAAGGCAGCUGCUCGUGUUCAACGUGCACAGAGAAAAAGGGAUGAUCCUGAUGAAGAUAUGGAUGCUGAAAUUGACUGGGCCCUAAAGCAGGCGGGGAAUUUGGUUCUUGAUUGCAGUGAAAUUGGAGAUGAUAGACCGCUUUCAGGUUGUUCUUUCUCACGGGAUGGAAAACUUCUUGCCACCUGCUCUUUGAGUGGAGUUGCUAAGUUGUGGUCAAUGCCUAAGGUAAGUAAGGUUUCUGCCUUAAAGGGCCACACAGAACGUGCAACUGAUGUUACAUUUUCUCCUGUGCAUGAUCAUUUAGCAACUGCAUCUGCUGACCGAACAGCAAAGUUGUGGAACACUGAUGGAUCUCUCCUGAAAACAUUUGAGGGCCAUUUGGACCGCCUUGCACGUAUUGCCUUCCAUCCUUCAGGGAAGUACUUUGGUACAACAAGCUUUGAUAAAACAUGGAGACUGUGGGACAUAGAGAGUGGCAUGGAGUUGCUUCUCCAAGAAGGUCAUAGUAGGAGUGUCUAUGGAAUUGCCUUCCACCAAGAUGGAUCUUUAGCAGCAUCCUGUGGACUUGAUGCACUUGCUCGUGUUUGGGAUCUUCGCACUGGGAGAAGUAUUCUUGCCUUGGAAGGCCAUGUCAAGCCGGUUCUUGGUGUUAAUUUUUCACCCAAUGGCUAUCAUUUAGCCACGGGGGGUGAAGAUAAUACUUGUCGCAUAUGGGAUUUGAGGAAGAAAAAGUCCCUAUAUAUCAUACCAGCUCACUCAAAUCUUAUAUCACAAGUGAAGUUUGAGCCUCAAGAGGGAUACUACUUGGUCACUGCUUCUUAUGACAUGACUGCAAAGGUUUGGUCUGGCAAAGAUUUUAAGCCUGUCAAAAGCUUACCGGGUCAUGAAGCUAAAGUCACUGCUUCAGAUAUUAGUGAAGAUGGCCGAUAUAUUGUGACUGUGUCUCAUGAUCGAACUAUAAAGUUAUGGACUGCCGGUAAUAUUGAAAAAGAAAAUGAUAUGGAUUUGGAUUGAUGGGCUUUGUGGACCAAUGAUUUGGUGGAUAUUGUAAUAGCUUCUUAAAGAAUUUAGGUGGUUUCUUUUUUAGAAUAUUUAAUAUGUUUUGAGUCGGAUUCUUUGUACUGGUGGAGUAGAAACCAAAACAUAAAUUUCUAUCAUUUCUUCCAACAAAUUUAUAUGAAAAUUUGGUAAAUUUGGCCUGACAAUUUUCACUCAUUGGUUACUGUAAGCGAUAAAGGAUUUGGUCCCACUCAUGACUCUAGUCUAGAUCUUUUUGUGACAUUCAUCAGGCACUACAAUUUAGCAGAAUUUAGAAAUGUAAUUUCAUAAAUUGAUAUGCAUGCGCACGAGCACCUCAUUUCUUUCUGGACAAUUGCUCUCAAAAUAUAGAAGCAAUUUUUACGUAAUGAUUUGAAGAUUUCAACCAAGUGUCACGGACUUAGAUAGACACUACUCUGAAAAUAAAUCAUGAAUUUUACAUCGAUUUUAUAUUAAAAUUAAUUAUGAAAAAUAAAAAUUAAU